UAAGGCCCUGAAUCUAACCCUGUUUCGCUGCACCCCUCCUCCCGACUGCUCCCGACCCCGACCCGGUUCGCUCACUCGCAAUCCUCCUUUACCAAGGGAGCUGCCGUCGGUGAUAGAUGAUGAGCCCUGGUAAAAAACUGAAGAUUCAAGUGAGGACUUUAGAAGCUGAAAACCAUGAUUUCGAAGUUAGCGAUGAGAUCACCGUCGAAGAAUUUAAAAUCCUUAUUCUUGAGGAAAUGGGCAUAAACAUCGAUGCCCAGCGCCUUAUCUUCUGUGGGAAAGUACUACAGGAUGAUCGGUUGUUGCGGGAAUAUACUGUAGGGUUCGAGCAAUCUGUGCUGCAUUUGGUCCCGAGGGCGCCACCGGAACCGGGGUCAAGGCAGUUUAGGCACUACGCCGAACCCAUUGAACCAAUCGAAAUGUAUUUAUCUUCUGGGUCCCAAAGUGCAGACGGUCAGGGCCCUCGCCAAGACGACCGCGGGUUAAGGGAAUCCCUAAACAUAUCACCAACUAUGGCCCGCCUGCAGAGUCUUCGGCGAAUUAUCGAGGAAAUACGAAUGUCGCUGAUGCUAUUAAGAUACCACUUAGUAGGAAGGCGCGUCGGAAAUCCUCUAGAGCCAAGACCGUCUACCUCUGGUGCCAGAAUGAGCAGUCGAGAUGAUCAAAGACGAGAGGAAGAACUCCACGAAGCUAUAGUUGCGAUGGAACCGAUACCCAGCUAUAUGCUCGAGGCUUCGCCGGCUUAUCAACGGCACGUCGAAGACAUAGAAGGGGUGGUGGAGAGAGCGGACAAUUUCGCCUAUGGGCCGCGACACGGGACGCAACCCGUAGCUGCCACCCCGAGGGAGCUGGCUGUUCUGAUGGAGGAACUGGAAUUACUCCACUUUUUAUUCGCCAAGCACCGCUCCAAGUACAUCGAUCUUCUGAUGGCUGCCGACAACUAUCCUCCCCCGAAUCCCACCAAUGAGGAGAGGGCAUUCCAGAGGCGUGGGAUAGAGCUUACCCGCUCUAUAAUGCACAGCUUCGGUCACGCUUUUCACCUGAUAAGUGAUAUCACCUUCCACUUUGCCUCCCCGGAGCCACACCUCACCUCGGAGUCACAAACCACUUCACCAACUGUGUCCCAAGGAUUACCAAUUCACACGGUGAUCAACUUGGUGCAACCGGAACGUUCCAACCUUGGUCCGGUGUACAUCCCAGCUGACAGUGAUGAGGUAAUGGAGGAACUGCAGGCUUCAGCGGUAGCGGCACUCCAAGCGAGGAACCAAGGUAUUGUAUCUUACUAA